UGGAAAUGAAGCUUCCUUGAUAUCAGCCUGUUAAAAUGACUGAAGAACACAUGCAUCCGUUUAGUAGCACAAGCUGAGGUGCUAUAUGACCUGCCUGCCAUUACAAUAUGUUUGACUACUUCUGUAAGUUGCACCUUGAGUAAUUUCAUAAUGCGUUGUCUAAUAAUUUAUGCUGGCAAAUUGAACACUAGACACCAGUAUUAUGCUGUAAGUCCAUAAACACCUCAAAAGUAAUUUUCUUAUAUUUAAGAGCGAUUUUAUUUAGAGGCGGUGCUUGUUGGCUACAGAGUAACGUCGCAACGAUACUUUUUUUCUCCAAUCCCAGUAAAAAGAGUUUGAGCAGGAACAGAGUUGUGUAUAUAUAACAGGGGGGUCCGACUGCAUCUGGGGGGUGACUGCUGAAUUUCAAGCCAUUUUUUUUUUUUUUUAUUCUAUUACAUUUUUUUCUAUUUUUAUUUUCUCCUUAUUUUCCUCCCUUCGAUCAAUAAAAGCAUUGCACACGCGCGCACACCGAUACAUUUGGAAGUACAGAUUUUCGUAUAGACCAUGAACAAACUCUAUGUGGGGAAUCUGAGUCCUUCGGUGACCGUGGAGGACCUGAAGCAGCUCUUCGGCGAGAGGAAGCUUCCCGUGACCGAUCAGGUCCUGCUCAAAUCCGGCUAUGCCUUCGUGGACUUCCCCGACCAGAACUGGGCGAUUAAAGCCAUCGAGACGCUAUCUGGGAAAGUUGAAUUGCAUGGAAAAGUGAUCGAGGUCGACUACUCUGUUCCUAAAAAACUAAGGAGUCGUAAGAUUCAGAUCCGGAACAUUCCUCCACAUCUACAGUGGGAGGUUUUGGAUGGCCUUUUAGCACAGUAUGGUACUGUAGAAAAUGUGGAUCAAGUUAACACUGACACAGAAACAGCAGUGGUGAAUGUCACAUACUCAACGAAAGAGGAGGCUAAAAUAGCUGUAGAGAAGUUAACUGGACAGAAGUUUGAGGAUUACUCCUUCAAAGUGUCUUAUAUCUUGGAUAUGGAUGCUGCUCCACCUCUGCCAGCAACCCGGAAUCGUCGGAGUGGAAGGGCAUUGCGAGAUCAUGACUCCCAGCCCGGGACAUCGGGAGGCUCUCUGGGGCCGCGACAGAAACAGCCAGACUUUCCCCUGCGCAUACUGGUGCCCACGCAGUUUGUGGGAGCCAUCAUUGGCAAGGAGGGGCUCACAAUCAAAAACAUCACCAAACAGACACAGUCCAAGGUGGACAUCCAUCGUAAGGAGAAUGCAGGAGCAGCAGAGAAGCCCAUCACCAUCCACUCCACUCCUGAGGGCUGCUCAGCUGCAUGCCGCAUGAUCAUGGACAUCAUGGAGAAAGAGGCUAAUGACACGAAGGUAAUGGAGGAUAUUCCUUUGAAGAUCCUGGCCCACAACAGUCUGGUCGGAAGACUGAUUGGGAAGGAGGGCAGGAACCUGAAGAAAAUCGAAGAGGAGACAGAGACCAAGAUAACCAUUUCCUCUUUGCAGGACUUAACUAUUUAUAACCAAGAGAGAACCAUUAUCGUGAAGGGGAGUAUUGAGGCCUGUUGUAGGGCUGAAGUGGAUGUCAUGAGGAAACUGAGGGAAGCCUAUGAGAAUGACAUUGCUAUUGCUGCUAUUAACCAACACACCAACCUUAUUCCUGGGCUGAGCCUGAGCACAUUGGGCAUCUUUGCCAACAAUCUGUCAGUAUUGCCACCAGCUGCUGGGCCUCGAGGCGUCCCACCCGUACCCCCAACUGGCUACAACCCCUUUCUUGGUCAUUCGUCACAUCUGGGUGGACUGUAUGGCGUUCCGCCUGCUAGUGCCAUCUCUCACCAGCACACACAGGCUCCUGAACAGGAGGUGGUCUACCUUUUUAUUCCCACUCAGUCUGUCGGUGCUAUUAUUGGCAAGAAAGGGCAACAUAUUAAACAACUAGCACGAUUUGCAGGAGCCUCUAUUAAGAUUGAACCUGCAGAGAGCCCUGAUGUCACUCAGAGGAUGGUCAUCAUCACUGGGCCGCCGGAAGCUCAGUUUAAGGCCCAGGGCAGGAUAUUUGGGAAGCUGAAAGAGGAGAAUUUCUUUACUGCAAAAGAGGAAGUGAAGCUGGAGACGCAUAUAAAAGUGCCCUCAUCAGCUGCCGGGAGGGUCAUUGGGAAAGGUGGCAAAACGGUUAAUGAGCUGCAGAACUUAACCAGUGCAGAGGUCAUAGUGCCACGGGACCAAACCCCAGACGAGAAUGACGAGGUCUUUGUCAAAAUCAGUGGGCAUUUCUUUGCCAGCCAGACUGCACAGAGGAAAAUCAGGGAGAUCAUCCAGCAGGUGAAACAACAGGAGCAGAAGCACCAGCAGGGCCCCCUCAUCACACACCGCUCCAAGUGACCAUCAGGGCAGCCCCAGCGGGCACCUGCCAAUGAAUGUAGCCCUCCCAACUGGAAUCAGACCAGACGAGACCGGAUGAAGGGGACCGGCUGGGCAGACCAGCAGCCGCGGGAUCAAAACCAAAGAACUUCUUUCUGGGGAAGAUGAAGGAGCCACAGGCAGAGAGGCUCUGAAUGCACUGCCAGCUUGGGGAGGGUGGGGGGAUGGGUGAAUGGGUGAAUGGGUGGAGGGGGGUGGAUGGAGUGAAAGACAAAUGUACCUUUUCUCUUGUUUAAACAAACCCUGACUGAGAGAAGAAUUGGCAUCUGUUAUCAAGACAGUUGAUAAGGAAACAUCAAGGUGAUCAGCCAACAUACCAAUUUCUUUUAUAAACAUUUAAUUUAGGCUUAACACACAGAUAAGAAGCUCCAUUAACAUGUACACUGAUGCAUUUUGACCGAGUUGUGUUGUAUUCUUGGGUAGGUAAAGUGGUGUGAAUUUACAGUUUGGGGACAGAUUUCUUUCUCAUGAAAGGUUUUGAUGUUCAGAUUGCAAUUUUACUGAUCCUUAGCAGUAUUCUCAACAGUACACUAGAACAAAUAUACUGUUAUCUACAGCAGAAGUAUGGUUCUUCUUGUUUUGCACAAGCCAUCAGAUGUGUAGUGCACAUAUGCAGUUGUUUAUACAUAACAUAUUUCUCAUCUUUCUUUAACGAUGGGACAGUACGGUUAGGAAAUGACAAAGGUUUACUUUUAUCUUAGAUUGUUGGACUCAUCAUCUGAGAAACAUAAAAGAGAUGAAAGACAGUGCUGGGUUAUUUGGAAUCUUUGUUACUUAGCCUGUGUGUGCCAAUGGAUCAGUUCAAAUCCCUUUUAAACAUUUCUUACUGUGCAUAUUUUACAUUCGGUUUUCAUUUUUAGCUUUCAACUCUUUUAGUUUUUCUAUCCAUUGUCAUAGCUGACAGCUCAACGGUUUCCCUGUUAUUUUACACCAGUGUUUUUGCAGCCUCUGCAUUUAGUAAUUUCAUCGACAGCCACUCCCACCCCCCCCCCCCACCCCCAAAGGGAAGUAGGUGGUAGUUAUUAUGAGAGGUAAAGUGAUGGGCCUGUAUGCAUAGGCAUGUUGUAGUUGUGGAUUAGGAGUUAUCACCCCUUGUUUGCUUUAAGGGGUAUGAAAAGAAUAUAAAGCACACACCAGCGUCUGAAAGACAGCGCACCUUUACUGGGUUGGCGUCGGGCAGAAUCACAAUAGAAUGUGCACCAAGAACUCUGCCUUAAUAUAUGCUGAAACAAAAUGAGAAUAUGGGCAACUUAAAAUGUGAUUGGAGGGUCAGGUGACUGGGGAAGGACAGGGGUAAAAGUGGGACGAGGAGGCACCUUAUGACCUGUGGUACACACACGACCGCAACUGGCUUUAAACCUCUUUGUCAGGGAGCUUUCUAAAUGGCAUGACAGCUGUGAAUGUACAAUAUGCAGCCUUUUAGAAAGCACCAUCCUGUCAUGUUCAGUUGGGCAGUGUUUUGUUUUUGUUUUUUACAAAAACUUGGGUUGUUUUACAAAACUGAUCAACUGUUUCAACAGUUUGCUGGACGUGCAGGCAUGGAUAUCCCUUUGUGCUUUUCUUUUUUUUUUACCAUGGAAGCUUGUGGCCUUAAAUGUCUCCGGUCUAUGACAUCACAGAAAGCUGUCUCACCCAAUGAGAGCUAAGCUUCAUCUUCCAGACACAAGGUUUAUGCCAAUACACACAGCUUCCAUUUGUGUGUAUGUGUGUGUGUAUAUAUAUAUAUAUAUAUAUACUGGCGGCCAAAAUUUGGAAUAAUGUACAGAUUUUGCCAUUUCGGAAGGAAAUUGGUACUAUUAUUCACCAAAGUGGCAUUCAACUGAUCACAAAGUAUAGUCAGGACAUUACUGAUGUAAAAAACAGCACCAUCACUAUUUGAAAAAAGUCAUUUUUGAUCAAACCUAGACAGGCCCCAUUUCCAGCAGCCAUCGCUCCAACACCUUAUCCUUGAGUAAUCAUGCUAAAUUGAUAAUUUGGUACUAGAAAAUCACUUGCCAUUAUAUCAAAUAUAGUUGAAAGCUAUUUGGUUCAUUAAAUGAAGCUUAACAUUGUCUUUGUGUUUGUUUUGGAGUUGCCAAAGUAUGCAAUAGACUGGCAUGUCUUAAGAUCAAUAUUAGGUCAAAAAUGGCAAAAAAGAAACAGCUUUCUCUAGAAAUUCAUCAGUCAAUGAUUGUUUUGAGGAAUGAAGGCUAUGCAAUGCUUGAAAUCGCCAAAACAAACUGAAGAUUUCAUACAAAGGUGUACACUACAGUCUUCAAAGACAAAGGACAACUGGCUCUAACAAGGACAGAAAGCGAUGUGGAAGACCAGAUGUACAACUAAACAAGAGGAUAAGUACAUCAGAGUCUCUAGUUUGAGAAAUAGAUGCCUCACAUGUCCUCAGCUGAAAGCUUCAUUGAAUUCUACCCACUCAACACCAGUUUCAUGUACAACAGUAAAGAGAAGACUCAGGGGUGCAGGCCUUAUGGGAAGAAUUGCAAAGAAAAAGCCACUUUUGAAACAGGAAAACAAAAAGAAAAGGUUAGAGUGGGCAAAGAAACACAGACAUUGGACAACAGAUAAUUAGAAAAGAGUGUUAUGGAUCUGAACCCCAUUGAGCUUUUGUGGGAUCAACUAGACUGUAAGGUGCGUGAGAAGUGCCCGACAAGACAGCCACAUCUAUGGCAUGUGCUACAGGAAGCGUGGGGUGAAAUGUCACCUGAGUAUCUGGACAAACUGACAGCUAGAAUGCCAAGGAUCUGCAAAGCUGUCAUUGCUGCAUGUGGAGGAUUGUUUGAUGAGAACUCUUUGAAGUAGUUUAAGAAGUUCUGAAAUAUUUUUCAAAUUGUAAUAGUAAUUUUUCAUGUUAUUAAUAUCCUGACUAUACAUUGUGAUCAGUUGAAUGCCACUUUGGUGAAUAGAAGUACCAAUUUCUUUCCAUAAGAGCAAAUCUGUAUAUUAUUCCAAACUUUUGGCCACCAGUGUGUAUAUAUAUAUAUAUAUAUAUAUAUAUAUAUAUAUAUAUAUAUAUAUAUAUAUAUAUAUAUAUAUAUAAACAUACACACAUACAUACAUACAGUUGAAGUCAAAAGUUUACAUACAUUUAGGUUGAAGUCAUUAAAACUCAUUUUUUAACCACAGAUUUCAUAUUAGCAAACAAUAGUUUUGGCAAUUCGUUCAUCUACUUUGUGCAUGACACGAGUAAUUUUCCCAACAAUUGUUUACAGACAGAUUGUUUCACACUUAAUUGACUAUAUCACAAUUCCAGUCGGUCAGAAGUUUACAUACACUAAGUUAACUCUGCCUUUAGCAGCUUGGAAAAUUCCAGAAAAUGAUGUCAAGCCUUUAAACAAUUAGCCAGUUAGCUUCUGAUAGGAGGUGUACUGAAUUGGAAGUGUACCUGUGGAUGUAUUUUAAGGCCUACCUUCAAACUCAGUGCCUCUUUGCUUAACAUCAUGGAAAAACCAAAAGAAUGCAGCCAAGACCUCAGAAAAAAAUAUUUUGUGGAUUGUUCAUCCUUGGGAGCAAUUUCCAAACGCCUUAAGGUACCAUGUUCAUUUGUACAAACAAUAGUACGCAAUUAUAAACAACAUGAGACAACACAGCCAUCUUACCGCUCAGGAAGGAGACGCAUUCUGUCUCCUAGAGAUGAACAUAGUUUGGUGCGAAAAGUGCAAAUUAAUCCCAGAACAACAGCAAAGGACCUUGUGAAGAUGCUUGAGGAAACAGGUAGAUAAGUAUCUAUAUCCACAGUAAAACGAGUCCUAUAUCGACAUAACCCGAAAGGCUGCUCAGCAGGGAAGAAGCCACUGCUCCAAAACCACCGUAAAAAAGCCAGACUACAGUUUGCAAGUGCACAUGGGGACAAAGAUCUUACUUUUUGGAGAAAUAUCCUCUGGUCUGAAGAAACAAAAAUGUAACUUUUUGGCCAUAAUGAUCAUCAUUAUAUUUGGAGGAAAAAGGGUGAGGCUUGCAAGCCGAAGAACCAUCAUUCCCAAUCAUUCCAACCGUGAAGCAUGGGGGUGGCAGCAUCAUUUUGUGGGGGUGCUUUGCUGCAGGAGGGACUGGUGCACUUCACAAAAUAGAUGGCAUCAUGAGGAAGGAAAAUUAUGUGUAUACAUUGAAGCAUCAUCUCAAGACAUCAGCCAUGAAGUUAAAGCUCGGUUGCAAAUGGGUCUUCCAAAUGGACAAUGACCACAAGCAAACCCCCAAAGUUGUGGCAAAAUGGCUUAAGUAUAACAAAGUCAAGGAAUUGGAGUGAAUCCGAUAGAAAAUUUGUGGACAGAACUGAAAAAGCAUGUGCGAGCAAGGAGGCCUUCAAACCUGACUCAAGUUACAUCAGUUCUGUCUGGAGGAAUGGGCCAAAAUUCCAGCAACUUAUUGUGAGAAGCUUGUGGAAGGCUACCCAAAACGUUUGACCCAAGUUAAACAAUUUAAAGGCAAUGCUACCAAAUACUAACAAAGUGUAAGUAAACUUCUGACCCACUGGGAAUGUGAUGAAAGAAAUAAAAGCUGAAAUAAAUAAUUCUCUCUACUAUUAUUCUGACAUUUAACAUUCUUAAAAUAAAGUAGUGAUCCUAACUGACCUAAGACAGGCAAUGUUUUCUACGAUUAAAUUUCAGGACUUGUGAAAAACUUUAAAUGUUUAAAUGAGUUUAUAUAUAUUUGGUUAAGGUGUGUGUAAACUUCUGACUUAAACUGUACAUACAUAUAUACAGUAUAUAUAUAAAAGAGAGAAAUAUUUAUGAAUCUAUUUUUUCCUAUUUUGUGAUGAGAGCUAUUAAUAAGAAACUAACAAAAAAAAAGUUUUUUUAUUUUUUAUUUGGUGGAACACUGCCAUGUUAUUCUGAAGGGAAGUGUUUAUUUCUUUAAAGUAGACUAUGAAUAUUGAUAGUGUACUAACAAUAAAAACAGUAAAUGAAUCACCGCAACACUUUGAUCAGAAUGUGAUCAGUGCGCAUGUCAGUAUUGUGAUCUACCUCAGGCGUCAGGGUACCUCAGUCCCCCUUUUUUUUUUUUUUACAUUUUGUAUGCCUUGUAAACUGAAAGUUUUGAAAGUUUUUUCGUUUUCUUUUUAAUAAUAAAACUAAGAAAAAAGAUCUAGUCUGAACUCUUCAGGUUUACCUGAGAAAUGGAUCUUAAAGCUUUCAAAACUGUAUCGGAAUUUACUGCGUUCCUUUGCUGAAUGCAAACUUGUAUCAGAGCUGAGAUUUACAGAAUGUAUAAUUGUGUCCAUGUGGUAUGGAAUGAAGAGAGGAAUUACAGUGGAACCUUUGUACUGAUUUCUAGAUCAAAAACAAAAAGAUUACAAAAAGACGAAUAGAAAGGAUAACUGCUUAAUUAAAAGGAUUCUCUUGGAGCAGUUGCAUGAUCUGAAGUCUAAGCUAGCUAUCUCUUUACAUUUUAUAAAAAUCAGUCUAAAUUCAUGAAUUGCAGAACUUUAUAUAUAUAUAUAUAUAUAUAAAGUCAGUUAACUUAGCAGGCUCUACUAUCAAUUUGGGUUGAUAUGAAAAUAAACAUUUAAAAAAACA